CUCCUUAUAUUGCAAAUACUUUGUGACCCAUUUUCCUAAACAUCCAAAAAACAAGGAAUAGUUGAGGAUUUGUUGCAUGUUAGCCAUGCUCCCCUUAAUGGAGACUCCUCAGAGGAAGAGCAAAUAGAAGUCGAAAUAGACACCACCAACACCACCACCAAUAUUCAAAUAAAAGCAGAGCAAGAAAGCAAAAUACUCAUAAUCUAUGUCACUAAAGACAUAAGCUGUAAUAGAAUAUGAAUUUAGGCUGCCUCUUAUUCAAUAAUUGAAACAAAUGCUGACGUCUGAAAAGUCGAAUAUCGUGGGCGGAGUCAAGCCGUAUGCCUUCAUUCGCUCAACCCUUUUCUCACUUGAGGUUUCAGAAUCAGAUUUCAAGCAGAAAGUCCCACUAUUUCUCCAUCUCAAAACAUACCAAUCAAAUGGUUUCUCCGAAACAGCUUUACUGAUUAACAGUAUUCCAGGUAGGUAAUAACGUACCAGGUUGUUCACCAUCAGGGAAUCAUCAGCUCAUCCUCUGGAUCAUCAGAACAAGGUGGAGCAGUGACCCAAUGGGAUGCAUAUCUUCGAAGGCGAUCGCUCGGUCGAUGAGCAUUAGGGAAGAGCUGAAUCAUGGCUUCCAGAGCAGAUCCGCAGCCUGGGAAGAAUUGUUGACUUCCCACAGCGGCAAUGACCAGCUCUUUGCCUUGGUUUGCUCGGCUAACACCAUGACAACUAAAAUCAGCACUAGCAGUUUCACUUUGCCAUCAAGAGAUCCUGAUACAGCCCCUCAGACCAAGUAUCUUGCCAAUGCAUGGGACCUCAUCCCAGACAUCAAUGGAAAAACAGAGGGCAAAUCAGCGCUAGAUGCUCUUGGAGAACCCCAUUUUGGCAGAUUUACAAGAUCGAAAAGCUGUCAGAUACUUGGCGAGAUAGACAUGAUCGGGGUAGCACCUGAAACAGGCGGGCUCAGUGAAAAUAAGUUGGAUUGGAAAGAUAAGAACCUGACGGGUUCCAGGAGUUUUCACACAGUGGAGGAAUAUGAUGCCUUGCUGGAGAGAAUUCAUAAGUUUCGUACAAGAAGUAUGGACUCCUUUGAACAUUAUUAUUCACAGGACAAAUCACUAGAAAUAAGUUCUUCACAUGGAGAUCAGAAUGACAACUACAGUCAGAGAACUACUACAGAUUGUCUUAAGAAGGAAGCUGUGAUCGAAGCAGACCGCAUUCUGGAUCACGGGGAUUCAACUCUGGGGAACUUUGAUAAUUUUAAGAAUGUUGUUCGAGUGGAUGAUACGCAUGAAACAGGUUGGAAACGGAAAGCAAUAGCGAAGGGGCUUAAGUCACUUGAUGUUCCGACCAUUGAUUUCCCAGCCGUUGCAAGACUCAGGCAACGGACUCAAGCGGAGAACCAAGUUUAUUCUCCUGGAACUUACAUUACUCCCAAAUUUGGCAGCUAUAAUGCUAAAGUAACUCCUGUAAGACAGGAAGAAGCGGGUGCUAGAAAAUCUGUAUUUAGCCCGGAACUGGUGGCUGCCUUUGAGAAUUGUAUGCAACAGCUACAAGAAGAAGAAGACAGUAUUCUCAGCCAUAUGGAUGGAUAUUUACCAGUUGCAGAUAAAAUAGAGACUGAAGUGAAAGAAGUCCCCCAAACAUGAAAAAUUGAUAUUCCUAGCGAACAGAACAAUGUUUGUCUCUCCAAUCUGCACAUUCAGGAUUGUCACUGGAAGCGGUAUAUGAUAUAUUGUUUUUGAUAUUAUAAAUCUUACACGGCAUCUGCAGAUUUCAGGAAAUUAUGAGAGGAACAAGGAGGGGUCUUCAGUUCCAAUAUCAUGAGAGUAUUUCUUUCUCGUGUAACUUAAUGGCUUACAAAACAGAACUGGUAGGAGUGGUAAACAAGCACGAGCAAAUGCCUUAAUAACUCUGAAAUGGCACGACCGUAAAAGACCCCAUAGGGCAAAGUUUCAGUAACACGAAGUUAGUCAAAAGUCUCACAACACAAAGUUAGCACUUCCGAUUCCACUUCAUGCAAGUCAAGCCUAGCAUACACAUGGGAUGCCUGGUUAAUCAACUCCUCCAUCUGGAUAUGGUGCUGAGGCUUUUACUCAAAAGAAAGACCUUUUAUUUGACACUUCACUUUCACAGCAAGGUAAUGGAUACAAACAGGCAGCAAUUGUCCUCUAAACUCCAGAAAGUUAAUGAUACAAAAAUUACAAAUUAAUAUAUUCAUAUACACAUCACCAAGUGACAUUUUCAUGAAAAAAUUUAGCCUUCUGAUUGGAUAAAGAUUCAUUUUUGGCCCCGCAUCAAACGAACUCUAGGCAUCUAUAUUCACCUCUUUGCCACAGGUCGUCAUUAUUU